CCGAUGCGAAUUUCAAUGCGAAUGUGGAAAAUCUUACGAAGAAAGAAUGUUGCGGGACAAAAUAAUUGUCGGAGUGCAUGACAAAAAAUUGCAACUGAAAUUAUUAGAUGGUAGAGACGAGCAAUUGUCCAAGGUAAUUGACAUGUGCAAAACGUUCGAGGCAGCAAACGCAAACAAAAAUAUAUUGGAAUUACCAAAGCAAGCGUCAGUUAAUGCCAUUAAUAAAAAGCCUAAGGCUGAGCAAAGUCCCAUGGAAUCAAAUACACGAUUUUGUUUCAACUGUGGUGGUUCAUGGAAGGUGGGGCACGUGGAGGAGUGUAAGGCGAAGGAAGUUGUGUGUCACAAUUGCGGUAAAAAGGGUCACUUUAAACGUAUGUGUCGCAAGAGCAAGAAACAGCUGGAUCAAAAGCAGGAGAAGGACAACGGGAAGAAAGCGGUGUCAGACAUUCAUUGGGCUGACUUACAAGGUUUGGAGUAAACUCAAUCGCAACUGAGCAAUCGCGGUGGACUAAAGAGUACUUGGUAGAAAACGAAGUCGUCAAAUUUAAGUUGGAUACCGGAGCUGAAAUUAAUUGCAUUCCCUAUAAGAUUAUUAAAAUGUUAAAUAAAAAAUUGGAUUACCACGGAAAUGAUCUUAGCUUAUUCGAUUAUAAUAACAACAGGAUACAAAAUUUUGGUAUCAUAAAGUUAAAGUUAUCGGAACUGAAUACAGGGAAGGCACGGGUUGCCGAUUUUGUUGUAGUUGAAGAUAAGUGUGAACCAAUACUUGGAUUAAAAACGUGUACGCAGUUUGGGUUAGUUAAACGGAUAGACAUGGGAAGUGUUUCAUGUACGAGUUCAAAGGAACUGUUCAUGGAGCAACACAAAGAAAUUUUUCACGGACUUGGUAAAUUCCCCGGAACUUUUUCGAUCACUUUAAAAGAAAACUCAAAACCAGUAUUGCAUUAUAGGAAACGAAUACCAAAAUCAUUAACGGAUAGACUUAAAGCGGAGUUAGACACGAUGACAGACGAAGGGAUUAUUUCGCCUGUUAAUUACGCAACAGACUGGGUCAAUAACUUACAAAUAAUUGAGAAGCCAAACGGGAAACUAAGAAUAUGUCUAGACCCAAAGCCUCUUAAUGAGUGUAUUAAAAGGGAACACUUUUUAAUACCCACAAUCGACGACUUGACUGCAGGAUUAGCUAAAAAAUCAAUAUUUUCUGUGCUUGAUUUGAGCAGUGGAUUUUGGCAUAUGGAGCUAGACAAACCAAGUUCCGAACUCACUACAUUUAUGACACCCUUCGGCAGGUAUAAAUUUAACCGGGUACCCUUUGGUCUUAAUUGUGCACCGGAAAUGUUUCAAAGAAAAAUGGUUGAAAUUUUUGGAGACAUUCAGGGCGUAAUUGCGUAUUUUGAUGACAUAGUUAUUUGUGCAGAGAGUGAACAGGAACACGACAAAUUAAUGAGUGUAGUUAUG